AUGGCCUCUCCUCCAAUUUCUGAAUGUACACCACGUAUGGAUCCACUAUUAGAUUUGUCAACUCCUAAUAUAAAAUAUGAACCUCUUUCUCCUUUGGAAACUCCUAAGCCUGAUUCACAAGAUUUAAACAAGCCACAACCUCAAGUAGAUGUUCAAUCAUUUAUCAAGGCCCUUACAAUUCUAGGUACAAUGCAACAAUUACAAGCACAACACCAACAGCAACCACAGUCACAAAAUAGCAAUAAUAAUUUGACAGAUGAACAAAAAAUUCAAGAUUUAAUUGCAUUAAAGCGACAAAGAAAUACAGAUGCUGCGAGAAGAUCACGUCUACGUAAGGCUAUGAAGAUGGAAUCCCUAGAGAAACGUGUUAUGGAUUUAGAAGCUGAAAAUGAACGAUUGAAAUUACGUACAGCAAUAGCAGAAAGUGAACGUGCUAAUAUCGAAGCUAAAGAAAAAAGUAGUAGAGUCCGAAUCUUAGAACUUGAACGACAACUUGCUGAUACUCACAAAGCCUUAAUACGAUACAGUCAAAAAGAAUCAACAUCAAUGACAGUGUAG